CUUGAGGGCGCCUUCCUGGGAGCUCGUUUGCUAUUUUGUCUGUCGCUCUGCUUUCUCUGUAAAUGACGCGCCUCUGUGGCGGCUUUGCCUUCCUACAUGUUCCGUCUCCUUCAUUCUAACUUAUUCUCACUACACUUUCAUCCACAGAUGCACGACCCAGAAAUUUUCUCGUUUGCUUUUCUCAUCUUCUUCGUUGCUGUUUCUCUCAUCGUCAUUUCAUUCUCUGUUUUUAGAAACUCAUCAAAAACAGAGCAGCAACAAGAAGCGAAAACCCAGAAUCUGAAAAGUCAUGGACCGACAACAGAGAAGCAUUCUCUGUCAGAAUGUGCUGAUGAAGUUAAACUUCAUCACCCCAAUGAUAAUAACCCGGUCCAUUUGACUCAUUCUCUCUUGCUCGAGGUAUUACCAUCUGAUUCUGCGAAAUGGGCUAGCUUGUUCGAUGAUAAAAGUUGCGAUUGCAAGGAACUGAAUUCGAUCUCUUCGGGUCUGAACGUGGAGAGUGAGCAUACGAGGGAGGAGCAAAGAGAGAAGAAGAGGAGGAGGAGGUCAAAGAAGAAGAAAAUUAAUUCGCUACCUGAAGAUAGUUCUGAACAUAAUAAGGGCGAGGAAAGUGCAAAUACGGGUUCGGAUAUGGGGCUCCGGGAAGAAGCUGUCUUCUUAUACCCGUUUACCUCCUCCGGUAGCGCUAUGCAGAGAAAGAUCAAACAUCAGUAUGAUGAGCUCGUGAAAUGCCACCAGUCGAAGAAAUUGACACUGGCUCAGGUGGUAAACUUUGCUAAUAGUUUGGUGGAUGCAAGGAAUGAACUACAGCACAAGGCCGAUGUGAUCAAACGGAAAUUUGUUGUAACAAAGGCUUUACUAUUUAAGGCAGAUAGAUCCUCCUUUGACCGCUUUCGUCAACAGAUAUAUAAGCUGGAAUUGGAACAGAAGCGAUUAGAGGAGGACGCAACUGUUUACAAUUGGCUUCAACAGCAGCUUAAACUCUCCCCAGCGUACAAGAAGAUUCUGGAGAUUGGAGCUUGUAUGGAGAAAGCAAAAACGUGUGAGCUGGAGGAGGCCACAGAGGAUGAAUUUGCCGACAUUUCAUUUGAGGAAUUACUAGCACAAGAAAAGAAAGAUUCAUUUUGGCAAAAAAAUGGGAAAUCAAGAGGCUGCUCAAACUAAUAUGGUUGUACUGGGUGACUAACUAACAAGAGCUAGUUUAGUAUGUAAAUUCAGUAUCUAUGAUAUUGUACUGUCACAUGAAUGUUCUUGUUUUUUUCUUUUCUGGGUUAUCUCUGCCUGUGCCAUUUUGGUUUUUCUAGAGUGCUUGUACAUACAAUAUCACCUGAGUUUUUCUUGGGAUUUGCUUGGUAUAAAGGUAUUUUAUGA